AGCGGGAGAACUACGCUUCCCGUGAUGCCCCGCGCGGCGCGGACCGGAAGCCGUGUUGCUAUAGCAACGGGACGCCAUGGGCCUGGACUACUACGCCGUGCUAGAGCUGGACCGCGGGGCCACCGCCGACGCCAUCAAGAAGGCGUAUAGGAAGUUGGCCCUGAAGUACCACCCACUAAAAUGCAAGGAGCCCUGGGGGCCGAAGAGGUUCCAGCAGCUGGCAGAGGCCUACGAUGUGCUCAGCGACCCUAUGAAGAAAGGCAUCUAUGACAAAUUUGGGGAAGAGGGGCUCAAAGGGGGCAUCCCCCUGGAGUUUGCGAGCGACAACCCUUGGAGCGUCGGAUACGUGUUCCACAACAACCCUGAGAAAGUCUUCAGGGAGUUCUUUGGAGGGGACAACCCCUUUGCAGAGUUCUUUGCUGAGGAUGGCUCGGAGGUGCUGCUGCCCUUCGGAGGGCCCCGGGGCCGGGGGGCCCUGCGGCGGGACCCUCCCAUCGUGCGGGAUCUCUACGUGUCCCUCGAGGACCUGUUCCACGGCUGCACCAAGAAGAUCAAGAUCUCCCGCAGGGUGAUGAACGAGGAUGGCCAAACCAGCACCAUCAGGGAUAAGAUCCUCACAAUUGACGUGCAGCCAGGCUGGAAGCGUGGCACCAAGAUCACCUUUGAGAAGGAAGGGGACCAGGGCCCAAACAUCAUUCCAGCUGACAUCACCUUUGUUGUCCAAGAGAAGCUUCACCCAAAGUUCAAAAGAAUCGACAACAACCUCCUUUAUGUUGCCACCAUCCCCCUGUCCAAGGCACUGACUGGAUGCACCCUGGAUGUGUGGACACUGGAUGGGAGGCUGCUGAACAUCCCCAUCAAUGACAUUGUGGACCCCAAGUACUACAAGAUGGUGCCGGGGGAGGGAAUGCCGCUGGCCGAGGACCCGCAGCGCAAAGGGGACCUCUACAUCUACUUUGACAUCCUCUUCCCCAAGAGGCUCAGCCCUGAGGAGGGCGACACCGCGCUGUGACCCUGGCCCGGUUCUGGCCCAAAUCCGCUCCCGCUUCUUCACAAAGUUCAUCUCGGCUCGGCAAAACCCAGCCCCUGCUGCACACUGCACCAGUCCGCAGUGAUCUCCAGUUCCCUGGAAAACCUGCUCCAGCCCCAGUCUGUACCAAGUGUAUGCCAGGAUAUUUGCCUCAGGAGCUACAGUGACUCUGAAGUUGGUGCCUUUUCCUCUGAAGAGAAUUUUCUGUCUGUCCCAGUGACAUAUGACAGUUCUUGGGGGGGAUGAUCGCAUCUUUCCCCUUGAAGACUGCUCUGCUUUGUUUUCCUGCUCUGCUUGGAAGAAGUGGAUGUUAUCUUUGGGGACAGACAGUGCCAUGGCAGGGCUGUCAGGGAACAGCCUCACAUCGCUUGGGAGCCCACAGCUGGCUGCUGUAUCCGCAGGGAGGAGAACUGAAAUUCUUGAGAGUGGAUCCCUGAGCCUGACUGGGACAUCCUGAGGCUGCUGUACCAGAGGUCACAUUGAUGCUGAUCAAAGCACGCAGAAGGAGAGGAGACAGAGUGCCAAAACCUUCAAAUAUCCUAUCCCUUUCCCUAAGGAUCUCAGUGCUGGGAGAGCUCUGUCCAGAAAUUUUAGCCAAGGGUUUGAGCAUCCACAGAAGUGUCCAGAGGGGAAUGACUGCAAGGGCACCUGGAAUUCUUGCAGAGUUUCUGUCAGAGACCUGUCCUGGCCCUUCUCUGGGUGACUCUGUGCCCAGGCACAUGUCCUGCCCUGAGAGCUGCAGUCAUUCCUGGCUGGUGAAGUUUGUGCACCUGGAAAUCACCUGGAAAUCAGCCCUGUGGCACAUUUGGAGGCAGUUUGUCACUUGCAAGGCACACACAAGAGCUGUGGGCAGCUGACAAGGCCACUGGCUGAGCCCUGGAGUUGAGGUGACUGAACAGGAAACUGCUGGACAGGACAUGAGAAAACUGCUGGGCCUGAGAGAUAAGGACAGAUAAAGUUCAACACAAACAUCUCCUUCGUUUUCUAAAAUCCGUGGGCUGAGGUGUUCCACCUGCCAGGUGG